UUGUCUUUUCACUUCAACUGCUCUGAAUGCACAAACAAGCAGCUCCAUUCAGACCUCGAUUUAGCAUAUCGGAUAGAGUUUGCAUGACAUGUAGCGUUUCUUAUCUUAGCCUAUGUAUAAAAUAUCAGAUUGCGUCAAGAUUGCGACUCUUUUCCUCUUGUCGGCUUUACUCAACAUCAAGAAGUUGGCUACCCACACGAAGAGUCAAAUAUGAGAAGUUAAUGCAAAGAGAAAAAGAGAAUAUCAACUUCAGUUUGUCAUUGGACAAUUUUGAGAAGUGAAAACGGAGAAGACGCCAGCACAGAUAACCAAGAUUGAAGUCAGCUAUGGACCCAGAUGAAAGUCCCCUCCUCCGUUUUGGAAGGACGCUCUGGGCUGCCGUGGCCUACAUCACAACCACUGUGGCCAGAUUUCUGAGAGCAGAACCUGACCCAGAGGACCGGGACAGCCAACCGAGUGAUGAAGAAGAUGAUGUUUCUAGGGAGACGGCUAGCCAGAGGUGCAGGGACGAGCAUCAUCCAGGGCGGGGGUGGACCGAAACGGACAUGGCCGUCAGCUCGUCCACCACACACGUGCACAGCCGCUCACCCACAGUUCCGUGGGAGAGGUGUGACGUGAUCCCAGGUCACCACGGUAAGGAAACUGACAUUUACAGCGUUCAAUUCUCCAAGAGUAGAGGCGCAGAGGCCGGCCCAGGGGGGGAGGAACUAGAGCAGAGGAGUCCUGAUGGGAAACAUCAUCCGCAGCCAGCACUGCCUGCUGAGCAUGAGGAGGUGCAAACCCAGCAGUCCACUGAGAGUGAGGAUGGGUGCCCGGAGACCAUGGACAUCACCAUACAACACACAGAGCAAGUUAAAGACCAUGAUGACGACACAGAGACCACCAUACACCACACAGAGCAGGUUAAAGACCAUGAUGAGACCAUAGACAGCACCAUACGCCACACAGAGCAGACUAAAGACCAUGACGAUGACACAGAGACCACCAUACACCACACAGAGCAGGUUAAAGACCAUGAUGACGACACAGAGACCACCAUACACCACACAGAGCAGGUUAAAGACCAUGAUGACGACACAGAGACCACCAUACACCACACAGAGCAGGUUAACGACCAUAAUGACGACACAGAGACCAUAGACAUUACCAUACACCACACAGAACAGGUUAAAGACCAUGAUGAUGACACAGAGACCAUAGACAUUACCAUACACCACACAGAGCAGGUUAAAGACCAUGAUGACGACACAGAGACCACCAUACACCACACAGAGCAGGUUAAAGACCAUGAUGAGACCAUAGACAUCAUACACCACACAGAGCAGAUUAAAGACCAUGAUGAAGACACAGAGACCAUAGACAUCAUACACACCACAGAGCAGAUUAAAGACCAUGAUGAGACCAUAGACAUCAUACACCACACAGAGCAGAUUAAAGACCAUGAUGAGACCAUAGACAUCAUACACCACACAGAGCAGAUUAAAGACCAUGAUGAAGACACAGAGACCAUAGACAUCAUACACCACACAGAGCAGAUUAAAGACCAUGAUGAGACCAUAGACAUCAUACACCACACAGAGCAGAUUAAAGACCAUGAUGAGACCAUAGACAUCAUACACCACACAGAGCAGGUUAAAGACCAUGAUGAGACCAUAGACAUCAUACACCACACAGAGCAGAUUAAAGACCAUGAUGACGACACAGAGACCAUGGACACCAUACAACACACAGAGCAGGUUGAUGAUGACAAGGCUAGCACACUGGCUCCAGAGGAGCACGACGCUGUGAGAACCGAGCUCAAGGUUCUAGACGAGCACGACGCUAUGAGAACCGAACUCAAGGUUCUAGACGAGCACGACGCUGUGAGAACUGAGCUCAAGGUUCUAGACGAGCACGACGCUAUGAGAACCGAACUCAAGGUUCUAGACGAGCACGACGCUGUGAGAACAGAACUCAAGGUUCUAGACGAGCACAACGCUGUGAGAACUGAACUCAAGGUUCUAGAGGAGCACGACGCUGUGAGAACCAAACUCAAAGGUUUAGAGAUGAGUGACGACUCCGCAGCAGGGAAUUCUGGGAUUGCCGUAAGAAGUGAGCUCUGGGGCUCAGGCGAAGUUGACCUUGAGGUCAGAGGUCAGGAAGACUCAGAGGAAGAGGAAGUGAUGGAUCAGGAAGUGGUUCACGAAGAUGACCCAGAAACUGGAGCACCACAGUCCAGUGCCAUCCUUGAACAAGGCAAUGAAGCAGUGGCCGGCGUCAUCCUCGCUGAGCAAAGAGCGCCAGAGUCACAUGCCAGCCAGAGCAGCGAGGAUGAGACCGCGCCUGAUGCAGCCCAUCAAGACCGUGACACACCACUGUCCACCGCCACGUACACAGACCACGAACAGGAAAUCUACGCACUGACUCACAGACUGGUGGAGGAAGUAGUGGCGUCAUCAGUUGAAUGUGUAACUAAUGAAUUAAAGAUGCAGGAUCACCAGGAGGAAGUGCCUAAAGAGAGUCAUACACAGGUAUCAGCGGCCAGCCUCACCUGUCCAGACCAGGUGGACGGUGCACACAAACUGGUGGAGGAGGUAGUGGCGUCAUCAGUGGAAUGUGUAACUAAUGAAUUAAAGUUGCAGGAUCACCAGGAGGAAGUUCAUAAAGAGAGUCAUACACAGGUAUCAGCGGCCAGCCUCACCUGUCCAGACCAGGUGGACAGUGCACACAAACUGGUGGAGGAGGUAGUGGCGUCAUCAGUGGAAUGUGUAACUAAUGAAUUAAAGUUGCAGGAUCACCAGGAGGAAGUUCAUAAAGAGAGUCAUACACAGGUAUCAGCGGCCAGCCUCACCUGUCCAGACCAGGUGGACAGUGCACACAACCUGAAGGAGCAACAGGAGCCGAUUUCAAUUUCAAACCAACCUGUUGAGCCACUGACUAUAUGGUAUGAUGGAGAGGUAGAGGAACAUACUGAAGCUGUAAAUUCAUCUGUAUAUGAAGAGCGUGAAUGUGGGCUACAAGGGGAAAGGGAGAGAUUAAGAGGCGAAAGGAUCGAUGAGCCUGCUGAUGAUCAACAUCCACGGGAAGACACUGAGGAGUCAGACGGGGAAACAGAUGAUGAAGAUGACAAACAACGUCAAGAACAGGAUGUAAUGAGAGAGGGACAAAAAGCUGAGGACUUGGAGGAGGUGCUAGAACAGGAAUCCGUCUCUAGAAUUGAUCAGAACAGACGAGAAGAAGAACAGUUGCAAGGCCAAGGCACAGAUCAUCAUGUCAGUGAUCAGCAUCUGUGUGAAAAGGAGGACUUGGUGAAGGAGGAAAUGAUGGUGAAGGAAGAGAUGAUGGUGCUGGAAGCAGUUUGUGAAGAAGACGCCACAGCAGACACCACUGAUAGCAAACACCCGUGUGAAGAAGUGGAGCAGACCAGCACUGAGGAAGACUAUGGAGAAACAGAGACGAAGAGACACAGCUCUGAGGAAGACUAUGGAAAAACAGAGAUGAUGGACCAGCACAGCUCUGAGGAAGACUAUGGAGAAAGAGAGAUGAAGCAGCACAGCUCUGAGGAAGACUAUGGAGAAAGAGAGAUGAAGCAGCACAGCUCUGAGGAAGACUAUGGAGAAAGAGAGAUGAAGCAGCACAGCUCUGAGGAAGACUAUGGAGAAAGAGAGAUGAAGCAGCACAGCUCUGAGGAAGACUAUGGAGAAAGAGAGAUGAAGCAGCACAGCAGGGAUGACAACACAGCAGAAAUGCUACAGGAUUCAUCAACAGCAGCUGAAGGGGUGAUUGACAACACAGCAGCAAUGCUACAGGAUUCAUCAACAGCAGCUGAAGGGGUGAUUGACAACACAGCAGCAAUGCUACAGGAUUCACCAACAGCAGCUGAAGGGGUGAUUGACAACACAGCAGCAAUGCUACAGGAUUCAUCAACAGAAGCUGAAGGGGUGAUUGACAACACAGCAGCAAUGCUACAGGAUUCAUCAACAGAAGCUGAAAGAGAGAUGGAGGAGCACAGCUCUGAGGAAGACUAUGGAGAAAGAGAGAUGAAGAGGCACAGCUCUGAGGAAGACUAUGGAGAGAGGGAGAUGAAGCAGCACAGCUCUGAGGAAGACUAUGGAGAGAGGGAGAUGAAGCAGCACAGCUCUGAGGAAGACUAUGGAGAAAGGGAGAUGAAGCAGCACAGCUCUGAGGAAGACUAUGGAGAAAGGGAGAUGAAGCAGCAUAGCAAGAUUGACAACACAGCAGAUAUGCUACAUGAUUUAACACCAGCAGCUGAAGGGAUGGUUGACAAAACAGCAGAUAUGCUACAGGAUUUAACACCAGCAGCUGAAUCGGUCACUGUGACGGACACAACACACACCAUUUCAGCGGUGAUCAGAGAGGACCUACAGCAAAGAGGACCUACUGGACAACAUGUGCAGGAAAUGAACGCAAACCCACAGGAAGUGAUGGAUGUUGUAAGUGAGGUCACAGAUAUUACCCUGGGCCCUGGCGCAGAGGAACCGAGAGGAGAAAAAGCAGAACCUCUAAGGGAGGACAGGGUGGGAAAAGAAGAAGAGGAAGAGGAUGAGAAAGAGGAGGAUGAGGAGGAGGAGGGAGUAGAAGAAGUAGAGGAAGUAGAGGAAGUAGAAGAAGUGGAAGAAGAAGAGGAAAGAGAUGAGUUUGAAGGUCUGAGACCCACAGAGGAGUCAGAGGAUGAAGGAGUCUCCGUUGACCCCGAGGACGCGGAGGUCCAAGAGGCUCAUGAGGGAUGGCACUCCGAGGACGGUGAGGUCGAUUUCAUUGAGGACUUCACAGAGGCCAGCGAUGCCUUACUGUAUGAGCCUGAGAUGCCAGAGCUGGAGCCCCUUGAGACCGGGACAGAUGCUUCUCUCCUGAGGGAAGACGCAGACCCGGCAUGCACAGACGCAGACACCAGCUCACCCAGCAGACCCAAACACACAGAACCGGCUACACCCUGGGAAUCACCGGCGGCACUACAGGAGUCUGAAUUAGCUGCAGGAUCAGGGUACACGGAGAAUGGCCACACAUCAGACAUCCUCAGAAAUACUCAUGAAGAUGACGUCGUGGCCGACACUGAGUUUGCGCUGCACACCCCUGGAACUGCGUUGCCAUGUGGUGCGCCUGAACAGAUGAAUCUCAUGGACACAUCAGAAUCAGAGCCACAGUCUGAAUCAAAACAUAGACGCCAAGAGGAAGCAGAACUUAAAAUAAAGAUGCAAUUAUCUAAGGAAUCAAAAUCAUUGGACGAGGGAAGUGAGCUAGAGAUCAAGGGGUCGACCACAACUGUACCCACAGACUCGUUAGUUAAAGAGGAAUUGAUGGAGUCGGAUGUUACAGAGACCGCUGAUGAGGUACUGGCUUCAGAACGUGUUGAUGUGUCCAUGGAGAGUAAUACAUUAACAACUGCUUCCUCUAUUAAAUCAACAGCUUCAUCCUCUGGAUCCAUAGUACACGUAAAGGAACCCGAGUCAGAGACAGCAGAGGCCAGUAGUACCCCAGUCCCACAGAUAGAGGUAGAGAUUAAUCCACUGCUUCCACAGCCCGACUCCAAGAACAUGGCACUGACGUCUCAGAGGGGCACUGUGCAGGAGCACCAAGAAGGUAACGGCGAUUCAUCCGACAAGCCAGAGCAUAAUGAAGGUGCAUCACAGGAAGGCGGGCGUGGAGUUGAAACCCCCUCAGCAGAGAGGACCGUGGUGAAGGAGGCUGACUCUGAGCCCGACCUCCGCUCCUCAGCAGAGAGGACCGUGGUGAAGGAGGCUGACUCUGAGCCUGACCUCCCCUCAGCAGAGAGGACCGUGGUGAAGGAGGCUGACUCUGAGCCCGACCUCCGCACCUCAGAGGCUGCUACAGCUGUGCCAGAUGAAUCACAGAUGAUCAAAGAAGAAACAACCAGGGCGCCGCAUAAACAAGCAAAUGCAGACAUUCCGUGGACGACAGGCCAGCAGACAUGUGCAGCAGAGGCUGAGACAGAAGAAAGCCCAGACGUUGCAGGACAAAAUGAAGAGCCUGAUGUUGACAUGGCAACCAUAGAGGUGAGUGGUGGAGAGGCAUCACACCUGGAUGACAGAUCAGCGCUGAAGAGAAAGCUGGAAGAUGCUGGAGGAGAGGAGGAGCCACCAGAAGAUCAGCCAGACGUCACAGCAGGGCCACAGGUCUCCUCUUUGGACUUCUCUGUCCAGAAGUCUCGCAUUGCGGUGAAAAACCCUCUGGUCCGCCCUCCCAAAGACCCACGCACCCUUCUGCAUCUGCCCUCUCUGGAGCCCACACCCCGGGCCCCCCAGCAGGACGGCCUCCCUGGCCCCCCCGGCAGAAAGCCUCCUGCACACAGACUGCCCAUGGGAGGGGUAGGGGUCAUGGGUGUCAGGCUGCCUGGAUUAGGAGCGGGGUUUCCUGUGUUGAGAAAGACCAACAGAGAGCUAAAAGAGGAACAGAAGUCCGAGAGCUCACCAUCACAGAAAUCUGAGUCAGAACAGAGGCAGACAGAGGAUGUAGCAGAGGAGGGGCCGACCCAAAGCAAACCCAAAUGGACGCCUCCAAAGCAUGCCAUAGGGAUGGGAAACCCUUUCAUGAUGGCUGAGUUGAAGGGAAAACUGCGGAAGUCCACCAAAGAAUAGGAGGAUGACCUGCGGCCAGAAAUGAUUAACUGUUUGUUUGACUAUUUCUUACGUUACAUUGUGAUGGACCAUGGCUUCUUUUCAUGACUUGAAUGAAUCCUAUAUGCCAAUCUAACUUUACAUUAAAUAGCCUAAAUACAUGUAUGCAAAAAGUUGAAUCCAAAAGUUCACAUUUGUUGUGGUCAGAAUGUGUGAUGGAAGGCCUUGGUGUAGCCUACUUUAUGAGCUGAACAAAACUGUAAAGGAAACUUUUUUGUAUUUGAAUAAAUUAUAUUAAAUUAUAUCCUUUUUUCUUUG